AUGUCUAAUUGGGCGAUGGCCAAUCUGAGUCAUGUCUAUCCAUUGGUGUCACUGGCAUUAAAUGUGGGCACAAUCGCGAAAUUGUUGUAUUUACGAUGGUUUUCAAUGGAUCCGAAACCAAAUGACGGUGAUACGGCUCAAAGGCAAUACAAAAAUCAAAGAGGACAAGCGAUAGAGUUCAGCUUGUUGAUGAUCUGUCUGGUCAGCCUUUUAGGACAGUUCGGCCUCAUGAUUUAUGCGGAUAACAAGACAGCGAUUCUUGCGAAUAUGGCGACGGCCACAUUGAUCGCAAGUGGGGGAUACAAAUGGACGUACUGUAGUACAAUAAUUGUUUGCACAGCCAGUUGG